AUGAGGAGAAUUCCGCUAGCCGUUGGCGAGCGAGCCCAGUACACCUAUCCUCGUAAACAGUAUGUCUAUAAAUGGUACGAGGUCUUUUGCUUCAAUACGAGGUCCUAUGGACAUAUCGGUAAUUUGUCCGAAUCUCAGCCAAUUCCAUACGCCACAUUCCUUUCGAUCUCAUCGGUAUGCUGUCCUUUUCAUGGCUCUGCAGAUUGUGCCUCCAUUGUAGUCGGUGACUCCACUGUGCAGACGUACCAUAUCAGAGUGGCUCCUUUCCUGCUUCUUCUUUCUUUCAGUUACCUUCCUCUCCAACGUCAUUCCUUCAGACUUAAUAUGGUAUCCCAUAUGUUCAUUAGUUCCGAUAUGCAGGCCUUUUGUUUACUUUGGCUAAUGAGCCACUACGCUCUCGGCUUCAGUACUGAUGUCUUAGGUUUUACUAGCUCGAUUGCAAGUCAACUCGAAAGCCCUCGUGACGGGAUCUCGCGUACAUUUCCAACCUACGUCCUUUCCUACUCUGCUCAAGGUGUCCGGCCUUCCCAAGGAGCACAAGACCCUGGAACGGCACCCGUCCUCAGCAGCUCAACUUCAGAGACACUCGACUCUUCCGCGGCCGAAUCGCUUCCUCUAAGCUCCACCCUCACUUUGACUUCCUCUGAUCUCCAAAGUACGACUAUCUCGACAAUCCACACUAGCGCAUUGGGUGUGUCACCCAAAACAUAUGGGAACAUUCCCAUAUCUACCAGCAUCUCUUCUUCGACACGAUCAAGCUCACCAACAUUGUCCCACCCUGCAUCCUUUUCUUUCCAUCCUUCGUCUCAACCAGCUCUUAGCCCUUCGAAGUCAGUUAGCAUGGUCACAGAGUCGACUUCAUCUGGUCAGCUACCUUCUACUGGCCCGAUUGUUGCAUCCUCCUCUGCAGUAGACGUAUCCCAGACCGAUCAAAUUUCCACACCAUUAUCUCAGGACACCGCAACAUUUCAGGUGCAUUUGCCUCUCGUCAUUUCCACCAAAAUCAUGGCAAAUGGAGCCACAUCUAUGGUAAUGGUAACAGGAACGCCGCCGCUCAUCACACCUUCGCCUGGAACGGCUCCUAUGGCGGAUGAUUGGAAGAAGAUAGAGACACCUAUAGCAGCAGAGAUUGAUUCAAUCACAUACAUGCUUCCGAUACACGGCACGAAGAAAGUGAAGCAUAUUAACAACGAUAACAAGCUUCAAGUGAUGGAGUUGUCCUUCGGUGAGAUCAAAAUCUUCACUGAAGGAGACAAGUCCCCUGUUGUAUGGAAAAUCCCAAGCGAUUUAAGCGGCACUGGCAUACUUAUCCAGCCUUCCAGCGGGACUGGUUCCGCAAUCAGAGCCCUCCGUGGUUCGAGAUCACUGAAAAAACAUAAAAGUCUUCUCGAUGCUUUCAAGGACCUUACCAGGAGCGCCAGUGAUGCCGUCAAGGCUGUCAACAGUGUUACAGAUUCUGCCACAAAGUUCAUUGAUUCCGGUUUCAAGGACGCAGACGAGGUCUUCAGCUCAAUGACAGCUACAAUCCAAGAAGUGACUGGCAUUUUGGAGGACACAAGUGGCAUGGCAAGUGAUUUUGGCAUCGAGCUGUCCCAGCUUAGCACUUCUGGCGUUGGCAACAUGCCAGCUGCAGGAGCGAAAGUCUUUGAUGCCUAUGAGAGCGCCUCUGGCAUUAUUGACCUGCUGCGCCCACUGGAGAAAAUUACAAGGUCUCUAAGAGGCUCACCUGGCUUCAAUGGUCCUGGUACUGAUGUAGCUAAACUGUUGUUUGGUAAUGUCUUCACCAAAGGAGGUGCAACAGGUGUCGUCAGCUUGACAGUCACUUCUGGCGCUCUUUUGCCAUUGGCGAUCAUAGAAUACGACGAAAAUGGUCCAAUAUCAGGGUCUCUUCCUUCACUUGAAGCCUCACCAUCCAGUACAAGUCAAAUUGAGGAUUCAAAACCAAAAAAGCAAUACUCGAUUUCAACCCAAGAUGGUACCUCUUUAGCCACUUACCGCGCUUUCUUGGCUACUCUGCCUGAUACUAUUGUCUACAGCUACGAUCAGACUACUUGGCCACAUGUCAAUAGACAGCUACUCGGUAUCAAACUGACGGAUGAACAGGCGAAGGUUGUCCGGAAUGUCCCAAUCGUUAGAAGCUGUUUCGAAAGACAGCCAAGUCGAAGGAUGAUGCUGAGUGAGAAUUUCAACAGAUAUGCGGCCCCAGAGCUGAAAAUACCAACGUUCGAUUCAAGACGUCUUCGGCGUGAUGGUGCUAGCCCAGUCGAUCGUAACGUCCGUUUCAUCACUCGCAAGUACGCUCCAGAUCAUCUGCAGCUCUUAUCCCAAGCAAAAAAAGGAGAGCCGAAGAAACCCGGAUACCUAUACCACGAAAAACUCGGUCAGGGCGCCACCGUCUAUAUAUUCGACUCUGGGUUUGACCCAGACCACCCCGAGCUAGCUCAGGGUGAACGCCUGGAAAAGCCCCAGUUCUGGGUGGUGCCGAACCAUCUGGCUCUAUCAAACGCUCCGGGUAAGAACCCGUCAAAAUGGGCACCAGAAGAUCUAACCGACUACUACGGGACGAAUCCGGGUGGUCCUAACGGCAUGGAAGGUGUGAGAGCUGGAUAUAUCGGGCAUGGUGUCUCAGUAGCAGCAGCAGCAGUUGGAAUUGAGAAUGGUGUCGCCCCGAAGGCCAACUUGAUCGGUAUCAAAAUCGUCAAUGCGCAGCAAAUGACCGUCCCUCCAGGUGAUCCAAAUUUUCCGCCUGGCGAGCAUUACUGCGGUCAGAAUCUUGAAUGGCACGCGCUCGAGUAUGCGCUCGACAAGGCGAUUGAAGACGUAAUUUUGAAUAAUCGGCAAGGUAAAGCAGUCUUUAAUUUCAGCUGGUUCUUCCCAGCAGUCGCCGGCGUCCAGAACACUCGCCAAGUCGAGAUUGAUGCUUUCAAUGCGCUUUUUGACGCCAUGAAGAAGCCUCUUGAUGACCUUGGGAUAUUGGUGACCAUAGCAGCUGGAAAUGAUGCCGAUAGCGAUGAGGUAUCACUACAGAAGAUAAAUACGAUGAUACCAUCGAAUCUGGAGACCGAGGACAGUGCAUACCUAGUCGUAGGAGGCGUGGACAACGAAGGUCGCGUGCUAAACUGGGCCAGCGUUGCAGACUACCGGUCGAGAGAUCCGCAGAUCCGGAUCUACGCUCAAGCCUCCGAGCUGAUGCUUGGUUGGUCAGGUCGCGAGUUUGAUGGCACCCCUAUGGGUGGGUACACGUUUAUGGACGGCACAAGUUACUCUGCACCUAUGAUAGCUGGUUUAGGUGCAUACUUUAUGUCCCUGGACACAGAUUGUGAAGAAGUUCGAAAUGACCGGUCGUCUCCCGGGGGGCUCACAGGCUCGAAAUGGAAGAAGUAUAUCAUUCGACAUGGCCAUGAGCUCUAUCCAGGCAACGAAUAUAUGAACGGCAAACCCUACUUCACUCAAGACUACUACAGCGAGAUAAAAGUUGGGUAUAACCGUGCUCCUCUUAGGAUCUGCUCUGCAAUACACGGGCCAUAAAACUAAUUGUUCCCCGAUCUCUACAUCAACGUAGCCACAGGUCACCCAAGACUAGGUGCUCGAGAAGACCCAGAGCUUAUCAUCGGAGGAGAACGCAUCAUGUAUCCCAGUGUUAUCGACUAAUUUGCUCUUACACGUAAGAACGAAUCUACGAGUUCAUUCGCGCUGUCUUCUGUAACGUCCCGUCUAACUGCAACUCCUCUGCCAUCUACCUUCGCCAGUCUUCCCAUAUACGAUCCGCUAUAACCCAAGGGCCUACAUUAGUAGUAUAUGGUUAGACACUCUAAAAGUACGGUUUGAGGUUGUAAUCUGUACCAAGUAAAUAAGCUUGCUUAUGGCAUAAUUAUAUCAGGCAGAUUAAGGCAUAAAUAAAGCUAAAGAAUAAUUAGAACAUUAGUCUUAGGCAGGAUGUUUCGCCUUGCGCUAUUAACUAUGUUAGAAGUGUACCCGGCUUU